AUGAAAUCGUUUAUCGCUCUAUUUGGAAUUCUUUCCAUGGGAGACGUUUUACAGUAUCUAGUUUCGGCUUCUGUCAGAAAAGUGGGUGGAAAAUGGGUCUUUUCAGCCGGCAUUGACAAAUCUGCUGUAGCAUACGGUACUAUUUCGGUGGCUAUUAAUGAGACGGGUUGGAACAUUUUGAAGGUGAGUUCCAACGAGGAUUUCAGCAACGAGGAUCAGUCGUAUGCUGCUGGUUUGAUUGAGGGUUAUCUCUCGGAAGAUAUGAUCUACACACAUUCUAAAAACAUUUACACAGAGAAGGAGCCCUCCGAAUUUAUCCAAUCGAUUUUAGAUGAAAAUGCGGAAUGGGAGAAGGAGGAAUCCGCAGUGGGAGACCGCGAAUACUGGAACCAUCGCCACUACCUCGAUCUCCAAGUGGAUGGUGUCUACGACGGCUACAUGGCUGCAAACGAAGGAAAACCCGAACGAGCUCUCUCGAAAUGGCAGAUCCAAUACGCGAACUACGACGGCGACGUGGGCGAUUGGAACUCGCUUCCCCACGCCUCCUCAAAGGGGAAACUGGAGAAACAGGAGAAGCCAGACCCCCUCACGAUCGAUAAUUUGGACCAUUGUUCUGCGUUGGUCCGCAUGACAUCGGACAAGAGCGACCUGCUGAUUGGCCAGUCGACAUGGAGCGCCCUGCACACGAUGUUCAAGCUGCACAAGAUCUACGACCUGCCUCUGCGGCGCACGGCGUCGGCGGAGAGCGCGAUCAUUCCGGGCCGGCUGACGGCGUUCAGCACGUACCCGGCGCGGAUCAGCAGCGGCGACGACUACUACACGGUGGGAGAGUGGAUGGUGGUGCAGGAGACGACGAUCGGGAACUACAACGAGGAGCUGUAUCGGUAUAUGAACGGGAAGAACGUAAUGCAGUGGGCGCGGAACCUGAUCGCGAACCGGCUGGCGCGGUCGCCGGAGGAGUGGUGCAAGCUGUACGCGAUGUAUAACAAUGGGUGCUACAACAAUCAAUGGAUGGUGCUGGACUAUCGGUACUUUGAGCCAGGAAAGGGACUGGAGAAGGGAGGGUUCUUCUUGCUGGAGCAGAUCCCUGGGUAUGCGAAGUAUUGGGAUGCGACGGACGUGCUGAACCGAAAGGGGUACUAUGCGUCGUAUAAUAUCGCGUUCGAUCCGUUCAUUUAUGAAAUGAGCGGAGCGGAGAAAAUGGAUGGAUGGAUGGAUGGAAAGAGGGAGAAAUGGGAUGGAUGUCCUCGCGCUCGCAUCUUCGCUCGCGAUGUUCCCCGUGUUCAGGACGAGUCCUCCUUCCGUGCCCUGCUCCGCUACAACGAUUUCAAGCACGAUCCCUUGAGUCGUUGCGCGGGAUACCCUGGAUACACCGGCUCCUACGCGAUCGGCUGCCGCAAUGAUCUCAAUCUGGCGAACGGAACGUAUCCUCGUCCCGGCUUGGGCCAGCGAAAUCACGCGGCGACGGACGGAAAGAUCACGAGUCUGCGCCUGAUGAAGAAGGGAGUGAGCUCGCAGAUCAUCGCAGGACCGCCAUACCGUGAUGUGGGCGUGUUCGCGUGGGAGACGAGCGCGUUUAAGGACUUGCCGCAUUGGAGAUUGCCGGAGAAGUACGAGUUCCCGUGGAUCGAAGUGGACCAGGACGGACGAUACGAAGUGGUGGGACUGGAAUAUGCGGAUAAACGCUCUCUCUACGAGUGCUGUCUCCUCCCCUCCCUCCUCCCCUCCUCCCUCUUCGUGGGUUGCCGCCAGCUCUGCACCUCCGUGCUCCUCUACGGCCCUCCGGGCACCGGCAAAACGUCGCUCGUCCGCGCAGCGGCCAACGAAAGCCGUCCCUUCUCUCCGCCCUCCUCACCCGCAGACCGCUACCUCCUUGAGCUCAGCCCCUCCGCCUGCCUCUCCAAAUGGUCCGGCGAGGCCGAGCGUCGUCUCCGCGGCGCCUUCACGGAGGCUCGCCGCCAUGCGCCCAGCCUUCUCUUCUUCGACGAGCUCGACGCUUUCUCGCUCGACCGCGGCCAGACCGACGACCCCGGAGCGCGCAGACUGCUCAGCGAGCUGCUCAUCCAGCUCAGCGCUCUGCAGAGGGACGAUCACGUGAUCGUCAUCGCGGCGACCAAUCGCAUUGCGGAUAUCGAUCCCGCGGUUCUGAGGAGGUUCGAGAAAACCAUCGAGGUGCCGCUGCCGACGGCGGAGGAGCGCGAGCAGAUGAUUGUGGCGAUGCUGCGAGGCGUGGCGUGCGACAUGGAGGAAGAUGAUCUCGGGUCCAUCGCCGAGGCGACGGAAGGAUGGUCCGGGUCGCUGCUGCGUGUUGGUUGA